CCAUUAACUGAUUGUUAACAAAGAAGCACUUAUCUUAUGAGAACUAUGAAGUUAUUACACUCCAAUGAAAAAUAAAAAGAACACUUAUGCGUCCAGUGAAGAUCACCAGUCAGGAAUGCAACAAGACGAAGAAAUGACCAACAUUAUAGCAAAAUGGCUCACAAAUGUUGGCAGACAUGGCUGAAUGUCUUACUCAUAUUCGUGACCACAAUUGCAGCUGACUUCACCACGGAAUGCCAACGCCCUUGUGACUGCAGGUGGCAAUCCGGGAACAAAGCUGCAAUCUGUGCCAACUCCAGUCUGAGGGUCAUACCAGGUAACCUCAGCAGCGACAUCCAAAUACUCGACCUAUCAAACAAUAACCUCCAACAAUUACACCAGGAAGCUUUCAAACGAGUCGGCUUAAGCAACCUCAAGAAACUCUUCCUCAGAGAGUGUAAUAUUGAAGUUAUUCACAAAGCGGCAUUCAUAACUCUAGCCAUCAUGAUAGAACUGGACCUAUCCAAAAACAAAAUAAGACAUCUCCAUCCAGAAACGUUCAAGGGAACGGAGAAAUUGAGAUUGAUCAACUUGAGCAACAAUUUAGUCGAUAAGCUAGAGGACGGCUUAUUCCGCAACUUGAAAUACCUCCAGAAAGUCGAACUGAGCAAUAACCGAAUCGUGAGAAUAGCGACAAAAUCGUUUGUAAACUUACCCCAGUUAAAGAUAUUGAGAAUAGACGGAAACAAUUUGAGUCACAUGAAACCGGAAACUUUGAUGGCGCUCAGAAACUUGUCGGGAUUGGAUCUGCACAACAAUCCGUGGAGAUGCGAUUGCAACUUACAAACGUUCCGGGAUUGGGUGAUCAGCCAUAACUUGUAUACGCCACCCACCUCGUGCGCCGAACCAGCCUCGGUACGCUCCAAACUUUGGAACGAAUUAGACUCUUCAAACUUCGCUUGCCGGCCUACUAUAUUGGAACCCCUUCCAGACUCAACUAUCAAAAGUUAUGAGGAAAACGUGACUCUAAUUUGUAAAGUAGUCGGAAAUCCGACACCAGAAGUUGUUUGGAGGUUUAACGGGAAAACAAUCGAGCCGAGGUCGUUCGGUGAAAUACGGUAUACAGUUACUGAGAAUACUAUGGAUUUGAUUAGGUAUGUAAACUUGACAGUUCUCCACACUAGGUAUAGCGAUAGAGGGAACUAUACUUGUGUUGCUGAGAACCCUGGAGGUAGAGAUGAGAAAACUUUAACACUCGUUCUAUCUAAAUACGGAGGAUCUGGCACUAUAGCUGGUAUGGAUGCUGAUUCCUUUGCCAUUUUAGUGGGAUGUUUGACCUCGAUUGUAAUUAUAAUUGGAGCGGUGUUUGCCGUUUGCUACUUCACGACUCAGAAUACGGAAUUGAAAAGACUGAUCAAGACGGACACUCGCUCAUCUAACGGGGAAGCGUUAAUAGAAGGCUCAGUAGCUUCUGAACCCGAAAAAGGCUGCAAGAUGGAUGUUAAUCCCGUAACUAAGCCUCCUAGGAAGUACGAAGCGCCGGCCCUUUCCGCUGGUACAGAAAUGUCGGAGCUUAACAAGACUUUACUGGAUAAUGACUCCGUUUUAGCAUCAAAUGAAGACCACAGCCGUCCAGAGAAGGAACAACCAAAGAUGUCAAAAGAGUUACUUCUAGAUCGCCUCUCGCAAGAUUCUCAAGCGUAUCCACCAGACUUAUUGUCUUUCCCGCUUAGAGCAACUACCCAAGUGUCACCAGCAGUGGACAUGCCCCAAGCAUCCCACAAACUAGACAGUCCAAAAUCACCAACUUAUGGCAUCGCAUCCAUAAACACAUCCUUAUACAAUAGACUACAGAAUUACCAAGAAAUCCAAUUAACCACAAAAGGUUACGUAACCUUACCAAGGAGACCGAGGUUGAGUUACACGGAAAAUAGUCUAAAACCCCAAGUGUUUUCAACCCUUAACGGAGUAAUACCUUAUUACGACAACUUCAAUAUGAAGCUUUUUGGUCACAAUAACUAUUACAGUCUCAAUAAAAGCGAAAUGGAUUUGGGUCCAGUUAAUAAGUUGGGGUGUUUAGAUAACUCUGAUGAUAUUGAACCAGCCCCAUCGCCAGCGCCGGGGACCCCCCACGCAACGAUACCAAGAAACAGCUUAAGUUCCCCAAACAUACACAACCAGCUUCUAAUGCUGCAAGCGAUGUCGAACGGUCAUAAAAAGUCUUCCGAACAUCGACCUUUGAAAGUAACGCUGACUGAGAACGAAAGUCUUUUGAGUUCGAGGGAUUUGAAAGUUGGGUACAGUGUUACUAAGCCCCGGAUUACUAACCCUGUUCCCAAACCGAGGAAGCGGAAUUCUGGGGACAUCCCCAUAAAGGAACCUUUUAUGAAUACUAUUGAGAACGCAACUCAAGUGUAAAAAUUUUAUUAUAAAUAAUAUUUAAUGUAAUAAUAAUAUUACAAUAUUUAUAUUGGUGACGUUUAACAAAUAUAUAAUGCUGAUUGCAUAUUACAACUGAACUAAACUACGCGAACCGCAUCAGCCUUUUUAAUUUAUUGACGCUGAAAUUUAUUACUGUAAAGAAAUAUUAUUAUAGCACUAGAAGGGCUUGCGUCCGAAACUUUAUCCAUUACGAUAUUUUUCCUGUUCUAAUAUAUUUUAUUAUGCAUAGUAAAAAUUAAUUUUAUGACAUAAAAUAUGAUUUUAAUUAUUUAUAUUAGAUUUAAGCGCAGCACUAGAUAUAUUUAUGUUAUUAAUUUAGAUAUCUUUUUAAUUGCGGGGACAUGCAGUUUGUUUAAUAAUGUGCAAUCAGCUUUAUGAGUUGUCCAUAGAAAUUAAAAAAAUAGUUAACUUGAUUUAUUUACAUCAGACUAUCAUUAUACUU